CAUGGUAACAGAUCAGAGACUGUACCACACAGACCACAGCAGACAGCUCGACUCUUUCUUGCCAGUUUGGCUGGGACUCAGUGUAGGCGGCACGGUUAAUGUCAGCUCAGCUGAUAGCCUUAGAUACUUUAUAUAUAUAUGUAUAUAUAUUUCUGCGUGUCGCGUAAGAUGUAGCUAGUUAACGUAAGUCAUUACAGUUAACUCGCUUAAAUCGUCGGGUUUCUAUUUGGCCAAUAUUAGCCGGCUAAUUAAGCUAGGUUAACUUUGCUAGUUAGCUUUAAGUAACAUUAGCUAACGCUAAUUAUUCUUCGAACAGCACAGGUAUUUUAGGUUUAACGUUAUAUAGCCCUGAAAAGAGGAUGCUGGAGUCAAUUAAAGUUACAGAAAGACUCCACUGGCCAGAAGUAGAAAUGUCCAAAAAGUACAUUUUAAACUCUGCUGACAAGGCACUGAGUCCAAGCCAAGUAUACCUGGAGAAGAUUUCUUCCAGUGUUCUCAAAGACCUCUUCAGCACUGGCUCCAGCAGCUACAACGUCCUGCUGCAGGCUGAGGAGGAGGAGGAGAAGAAGAGUCAGAAGCAGUCCCCGUACAAAAGGCCAAAAACAUCAGUGAAAUGUGGCGCCACAUUUAGUAGAAGAAACCGCCCAGGCAUGGCUCCUAAAAAGUUGCGUGCAGCAGAAGGUAAUGGUAAACCUGCACAGGCAAAUCGUGUUCUCUCAGGCAACUCCAAUCUGUCAAAACCAGCACGGAACAUUGCAGUAGUGGGAAGCACCAUGGGCCUGAUCCCUCGUACAGUUCCGCAGCUCAGAAAGAUGUGCAUCCCCAAUUCCCCACGCACUAAACUUCCCUCGUUGCACAAAGCAGCAAUCACACGGGAAGUGGAAAAUGCCAAGAAGCUCUGCAUCCUUACAGCCAUAAAGCCGUCUAAUGUUGAGAAAGAGAAGGCCAAGUUUUUCAAGUCUGACUUCAACUAUAAUCCACAGUUUGCAUACAGCAACCCAGUUUCUCCACUUGUCCUGGCACGGCAUAACAAUGCCUCAGAUCGCUUCCUGACACAGGCAGUGCACAUCAUGGAGCUUGCCCUGCAGCGAUAUGGCAGCUAUGAGAAGUUUGAGCAAGCCACUGGGGGCAACCUCCUCAACAAAAGUCGUAUCUGGCACAACGUCAAGAAAUACAUGGAGAAGGAAGGCUGCUUGGGGGAGAUCGUAGUCCAGGUGACAGACGACCUCCUGUCCAGAGCCUCCAUGACGGUGGUGAACAGCAGACCCACACUGACCAUCAACAUCUCCACCGCCCGAGAGUACUGGCUGGAAGGCAUGCUGAGGCAUGAGAUUAGCACACAUUAUUUCCGUGGCAUAAACAACUGCCACCAGCCAUGGAGCAGCAGCGCGGGUAGGAAGAAGCACAACCUGAAGCCUCUGAACCCCACAGAGGAGGGCCUGGCCAGCAUCCACAGUGUCCUUUUCAGGAAAGACCCCACACUGUGGCGCGCCGCCCUGCUCUACUACACCGUCUACCAGGCCAGCCACAUGUCCUUCUCUCAGCUCUUCCACAAUCUAGGACGCUUCGUCCAGGACCCCAACACACGCUGGGACUACUGCGUCCGAGCCAAGAGGGGCCAGACCGAUACAGCACAGCCAGGUUGCUUCAGUAAAGACCAGGUCUACCUGGAUGGCAUCCUGAAGAUCCUGAGAUACAGAGACAAGAUCAACUUCCCACUGCUGAUGGCUCUAGGAAAGGUGUCAUUUGAAGACGUGGACCGCCUGAAAGCUCUGGCUCAGAUGGAGAACGUCCGCAUCCCACACUUCAUGCAGGACCAGGCGCGGUACGCCGAGCAGCUGGCGAAAAUCAUGGUGGUCAACCGGCUGACUGACGAGGAGCUCAAGGCCAUCAUCUGAGCCUGCUGCGCUCCAACCUGCACAAACCUGAUCACACCUGAAUAAAAGCUGUCCCGCCCCUGCCAGCCACGGCCCGCAUGCCUUAACUCCAUCACCGCGCAUGGUAGCAGUGUGUGAUUAUUGCAGCAUGCUGUGUUGCGUAUAGUGUAGAGUUGUGUUAGACAGACAUGGAAUUAGAAAUCUGAUAUAGCCCAGUCAUGUAUCCACUGACACUGUAGGGAUCACUCAGAGUAUGUGUUGUGUUGUGUUUAGGGCUGGAUGUAGUUAAUUUUUCUUUUUUUUUUAACCAGUGCCAAUACAAUACCAUUAUUGCUGAUCAAUUCAUUUGAAAAUGAAUUUCUAUAACAUUUACCAAGCACUUUGUGACUUUGACAGUGACUCUGAUGAUCAGUUUAGUUUGUAGUUCGAUACCCAGUCUUAGGUUUGGGAGUAUAUUCUCUGUAGAUUAUAGUUUUUAAAAGAGACAUUCAGUAUCCCAUGAUGGCCUAAAUUAGAGCCUGACUGAUACUAGAUUUGUAUAGGCUUAAAUUGAUAUUUGAGACUUUUGAACAAACGCAGGCGGCACCUAUAGCAAUAAGCGGUAAUUGCAGGUGCGUUGUGGUAUCUCACUUCCCAGAGAUCCAAACAGUACUCCACCUCACACACAAGUGAGUUGAAGAGCUGGUCUGUUGCUUUAGCUCCAGCUCUCCCUCUUCCCUCUUUUACCCCUUUUCCACCGAGGCAGAGCUGGUGCUGGUUCGGAGCCAGAGCCUAGUUUUAAAUCGGUUCUUUGUUUUUCGACCACCAAAGCACCAGCUCCGAACCGGUAAAAGUGGUUCUUAAGUAGCACCAAAUCCUUGCUGGGCCAGAAGUAAGAACCGCUUACGUCAGUGGCUGGGGAUGGGGUUACCGUGACCAACAAGACAAACAGAAACUUGUGACCGCCAUUUUUGAAUUAGCAGAUAAACAUGAUGGACGUAAACAACAGCAGCAGUGGUCAGAGGAGGAAACGAGCUGCUUUCUUGCACUAUAAAGGCGAGCCGCGCGAACACGUUGGAUCCGCCGAGUUUGGACGCCGAUGUAGGUCCGCAAAGCCACGAACAUCAGUAGCACAGCAACGUCCGCCAGUGUUGAUGGUGUGUUUGUGUUGGGCGCCGCCGCGCUAACGUUGCUGGGAAAGAUGAGACGUAUACAGUGACGUAAGACCUGGCUCUGUGCCGGCUCUUUAGCGUCUGUGGGAAAGCAAACCGGUUCUUUGGAGGUUCGUCAGUCGAACCAACUCCGAACCGGCACUAGCUUUAGCUCUGAACCAGCACCUGGUUCUUGUUGAUGGAAAAGGGGUUUAAGUCACACAUGCACACACGCACAACAGCCAAUAGGAGUGCUGUCUUUCUCUGGAAUGACCUGUGAAGUCUCCCGUUACUGGCUAGAUUUUCUAAAACCUGAAAACAGCCAAGAGGAGUUGGAGAAGUCUAGUUUUCUCGCUGACCACUUGAAUUACAAUAUGCUGAAAGAAUAUUAUGGAAUACUUGUCAAACUACGCCGAAAAUAAAAUGCCUAGCACAGCUUUAGAUUAUUAUAACAGUUAAAUAAUAUAUUUUACAGUUGAAUAAUAUCAGUUAAUGGCAGUGCUCUGUGGUGGACAAACUAUGUAAUGGUGAGAAAUUUCUGUACUUCAGUUUCUUGGUAUUUAUCCAUCCAGCAUUUGUCCAUUUCAUGUCCUGUUGCCCUAAGUAAUCUAGGCUAUUGUUCAACUUUUGCUAUCGUAAAAUGGGCAAAACUAGCGAGCAGUGCUAACAUCACGAUCAUAACACCAAACCAUCUGAGAAGUGACAUGAACAUUUCUUUUGGAAAUAACACGGGGUGGAAAAUCUGGAUUAAGGUAAAGGUCUUUGACGACUUUUCAAAUACAACUGCCUUACAUUAACGUCACUGCGAUUGAACGGAACAAUGCAAAAUAACUACAAUGUAUUUUGGGAUAAGGCCAAUUGGGUUGCAAUCGGAUUAGUUUAAAUUAUGUAUUAAUUUGAAUUUAUUCCAAAUGGAAGUGAUAGCCUUAAUGUAUUGGUAUGUAAUAAACUAAAAUAGCCAGUGAUAUCGGAUGUGACGUAUCUUGACAUUGACUGACAUUCUUGGAGACUAUUUAAAUUCUUGUGGAAAUUCAUGUGCAUGAAUAUGGUUAGUUCUAGCGUAAGCCAUCAAAAACGUAUUGAUCUGUUCCUAAUAUAAUAAAUAUUUGUAUUUCUCUCAUGUACCUAAUCUCAUGAUCUAAGUGUACUUACCUAGUGUUUUAUACCUGUCUCUUAAGUGAAGAUAAUGGACACAUUGUUGUGUUUUCUCUAGUUACCACUUAGGGUUACUACUUUUGAAGUACAUAUGUUGAGCAUAAAAAUAAAGUUGCUUGAGCAAAAGAUUGUGAAAGCAGGAUGGUUCACAACAGCUCUGUCUUACUGCAGAGACAGAUACCAGAUGAGGUUUAAGUGCUUCAUCAGCAUGAACAGCGUAACACACAGGCCUGCUAAUUACAGCUGAGCCUGUCAGCAUUGUUCUACUGUGCAUGGGCUGAAACGAAAAUGUCCCUGAAAUGUGAAAGUCACUUGUAAUACAGUAUAUUUUGAAGGUGAGUUCCUCACUAUGCUCUAUGAAGCCCUAGUGGUCCAAGCCCUGUUUGACUACUUGCACUUUUUCAACUCGGAUCUACCUUUUCAACUGCACUGAUAUGAGCAGUUACUGUGUUGGUGUCAUUUAUGAUAUAAUUAUGUUUUACAGACCAACCCAAAUGCCUUGUGGUUUUACUGUGAUGAGUUUCAGUGGCAUUAAUACCAAGAUUGACCUAAUGUAGAGAGAAUGUGUGCAUCUCUGCUUUCUCAAAGACCACUUCAAUGGUACAGUUUAAUUACAUGGCAUUCCUAUGUGAUGUUUUCUAUUUGACUUUUUUGUGAUAUUCGUAAAUAGAAUCUUUAAAUAAAGUGAACUACCUGAAAAUGA